AUGGCUUCAUCCCCCAACCACCAACGCAGCCGCCUGCGGUGCCUAGUGGCGCUGAUCUGGCUGACAACCACCGGGCUGCUCGCCAUCGCGACCGCGGCGCUCGCGCUGCCGCUGCCGCUGCCGCUGGGCGAGGCAGGCGCGUCGCCACUCUCCACAUACUACCCGGGCCACAGCUCUUCGUCGAGGGCCAGGUACAACAAAAAACGCAACAGCGACGACAGCGACGCCACAGCUGACGGCGAGCCCGUCGAGCUGCUCGUCAUGUGGGUCAUCCUCGUGGUGCUGCUCGCCAUUGCCCUCAUUGCCACGACGGGCAUGCUGUGGGCCGAGAUCAGGGACCUCGAGAAGGAGCUCGAGAUGGGGAAGCGGCUGGUGGACGAGAUACUGGCGGGCAGGGGCGAGGCGAAGAAGUUGGGCUUGAGCCUGGCGGAGGAGGGUGGGUCUGCGUCGCGAGCGUGA